UGUUGCAGUGAUGACCAGAGCUUACCCUGACUAUUCUGAGAAGCGGAAAGAGCUUGUUCUCCUUCAGAACAUAGCAGGCUACCUGCUUCUUGCCUGUGGUGUGGUUUACGUUAUAUUGGGAAUUCUAUGCAUUGGGGUUGUCAAACGUGCUCGCCAGAAGAAAGAAGUUUCAAGAGAGCAAGCAGUUAAGGAUCUUGAGGAAUUGGAACGUCGUAGAGAGGAACUUGAAGCACUGCUAAUUGUAGAUAGGACUUUAGACUUUGGCAACCCAAUGCCAUCUCAAUGA